CUUCGUAUCACCGUCUGGUCCCUGUGUACAAAAUCGGUGUCCUACAUCAAAUACCCCAAAGCUUGUCAGCAGGGCCUGGCUUUCACAAAAGAUGGGCGCUACCUGGCCCUGGUCGAGCGAAGGGACUGCAAAGAUUACGUGAGCCUCUUUGUCUGCAGCGACUGGCAGCUUUUAAGGCAUUUUGAAAUCGACACCCAGGACGCUGCGGGAAUCGACUGGGCCCCAAAUGGCUGCGUGUUGGCCGUGUGGGACAGCUGCCUCGAGUACAAAGUGCUGCUUUUCUCUCUCGAUGGCCGUCUCCUCUCGACCUACAGCGCUUAUGAAUGGUCGUUGGGCGUGAAAUCUCUCACUUGGAGCCCCAGCAGUCAGUUCUUGGCCAUCGGCAGCUACGAUGGGAAGGUACGGAUCUUAAACCAUGUGACCUGGGCGAAGAUUGCUGAAUUCGACCAUCCGGUCAACGUUGCUGAUCCCAAAACGGUGGUCUACAAGGAAGUUGAGAAGACCCCAGCCGUGGACUUGGAGAAGUUGACCUUCCCCCCGAGCAAGAGAAUGGCCAACGCGCUCUUCAGCCGAAAGACCAAAUAUGAAGUUGUCCAAGCCCCCGUUCCUUUGCACCAUGUCAAACCUCCCACAGACAGGGCCAAUCCCAGGAUCGGCGUUGCGAUGUUAGCUUUCAGUUCGGACAACAGUUUCCUGGCCACGAAAAAUGACAACCUCCCGAACACCGUCUGGAUCUGGGACGUCCAAAAGAUGAAACUUUACGGAGUCCUGGAGCAUUUGGGCCCCAUUCAGCAUUUCCACUGGGACCCCAAACAACCUCGGCUCGCUCUGUGUACCGGCAACACGAAAGUGUAUCUCUGGUCUGCCGCAGGAUGCGCCUCCGUGCAAAUACCGAUGGAAGGUGACUUCAAGGUGACUUCGUUGUGCUGGCACCCCAGUGAGGACUCCCUGAUUCUUCUGAGCAAGGACAAUUUCUGCCUGUGUUACUUAGAAAGAGAAGAAGCUACAAAACAACUGGACCAAAAACGAAGCUAAGUGAACGAAACAAACCGUCCAUUGUUUUUAAAACGUCACGUCUCCAAAUUCAGGAGAAAAACGUAAGCAAUUCUCGGAUUUGCUCCCUCUUGUCUGUUUUUUUAGGCACACACACACGUAAUUUAAAUCUGUACAUAAAACUCAAAAUCGGGCCAGAGACCUGGUUUUGAAUUUCCUUUCCGGGAAAGGUUGAAGCUGUCUGGCGAGCGCACCAGCAGUAGGAAACCUACGAAGGAUGUAGAUUUUAUAGUGCGCGACCUGCGCUGUUGUUUUCUCCGGUUUUCAAUAAACGUGUUUGCUAUGUAA